UGGAAAGACAAAAAGUUGAUUUGUUCCUCAGAGGCUGCAGCUCAGCACAUCCAGCCAAAUUCACGUCUUUGUGCGUCAGUGCUUGUUUCUGUGGGCGAGGACACAUAUGGUGAUGAGACUGAGCACAUGUGUUAUUGUCGCCUCCUACAAGUUAAUCUCUGAAGAGGAGGUGUGGUUGCCUCCUUCUUGUUUUGGAUCCCAAAACUGAAUAUUCAACAGCGUUUUGCAUCAAGCUUUUCAUCGAACAUCAGUGUUUACUGAGAAACAUCCUCGGGUGGUUCGAUUUUGAUACUUUACCUGGUUUUGGUCUUCUGACAUCUCUCUAAAAUGAGUUUCAGCAGUGAUAUGGAUGAGACAGAAGAAGGGAGCAACAGAGAGUUUGAGAGCGUGGAGAUGAAUAAGCUGCGUCAGAGCCUGCACAGGAAGAAGCCCACCUACGUGCCGGAGGCCAGCCGGCCGCACCAAUGGCAGGCAGACGAAGAGGCUGUACGAAAGGGCAAAUGCAACUUUCCUGUCCGGUACCUCGGUCUGGUGGAGGUAGAGGAGUCCAGAGGGAUGCAUGUGUGCGAAGAAGCAGUGAAAAAACUGAAAGUGUGUGGGAAAAAAACUGUCAAGGCUGUGCUUUGGGUGUCUGCCGAUGGCCUGAGAGUAGUGGACGACAAAACCAAGGACCUCAUUGUUGACCAGACCAUUGAGAAGGUGUCCUUCUGCGCACCUGACCGUAAUUAUGAUAAGGCAUUCUCCUACAUCUGUCGUGAUGGAACGACUCGCCGCUGGAUGUGCCACUGCUUCAUGGCCUUGAAGGACUCGGUGAGGAGAACCCAGCGGGGAUUAAUUCUUCAGACUCUAUUCCCCGCAAAACUAGAUUCUAAAAGGGGAAUUAUGGGUUUUCCAGAGAUGGAUCUAUCAGUGGCAGUAGAGGCGGACAGCUUAAACGCUCUGUGCAGCCAAAUCAACAGCUCUUUCACCAAACCAUCUGAGGAUCUGUGUGCCAAAGCCACCAGCAACUGCUUACCAGUUUACAGCGCUCCACCUGCCAUUCCUCCUCCACCUGCUCCACUGCAAGCUACAAACUCAUGGGUUCAGACAGAGCCUGCUGUGCAGUCCCCUCCGCCCGUUCCUCAGGGUGGCCACAAACGAACCCCAUCCGAAGCAGAACGCUGGCUGGAGGAGGUGGCUAAAGUGGUGAAAGCCCAGCAGCAGACUCCACCAACCCUACCACCACCACCCACUCAGCAACCUCCGCCCAUGCCCAUCGCACCCGGGUCCCUCCCCUCCUCCAUGCAACCGUUCCCAAUGGCCUUUGACGUCACUCCUGCGCCCGUAGGCAUGUUCUCUCAACAGCCUCUUCAACCGGCUUUUGUACCUAUGCAGCCAUACAUGGCCAACAGCAUGACCUAUCCCAAUGCCAGUGUGCCCGUGGUGGGCAUCACACCAUCGCAGAUGGUGGCUAAUGUAUUCUGCACUGCGGCCGGGACAGGAGGUGGUGGAGCGGCGAUGGGGGUCGGGAUGGGGCCGAAGACGGGAAUGCUUGUUGGUGGCCAACAAUCGGCUUUCCCCACCCUGUCCGGAGGCUUCCCAACCACCACGUUCACCUCUCCUCCAACCGUCAACGGCCACCCGCAUAACUCCUUUCCAUCAACGACCACGACUACGAGUGUCACGCAAAACGGUAGUACCGUAAAAAGUGGUACUGGUUGGCCGAUGGAGAGUCUGAAUCCGAAUCCCACGUGCAGUUCCCAGGAAGCAGAGCAUUUUGAUGCAAAGUGGGCUGCUCUGGAGUCCAAAUCGCAACCGAAGGCGCAAAACCCUUUUUCGAAUGACUUACAAAAGACUUUUGAGAUUGAACUAUAAUCUUAAGGAGACUCUGAAAGAGGCUGAACUAUUUCAUACCCCAUUCCCCUUCCCCUUUUUUUGUCUCCUAAAGAGUUUUCUUAUGCUCCUGGUCUGUUUGAGGGCAUUGGUUGUUGUAAGAGAUCAUUUGGGUGCAUUUUGCGUCAUUUCGAGAAUCAGACUCUAGAUUUGGAGAAUUGAAAGGCCGUCACAACAUGUUUGGCACUUACAAGACAGCUUGAAAGAGAAACCUGCACAGUACUUUCACCAGUAAUGACCCAUGCUUGGAAAAUGAAUGAUUUUACCUAAAGGAAAUACUGAAAUUAGGGGAUGGUUGAAAUGUAUUUAUUGUUUUCCCUUAUUUAUUUAUAUUGAACAGGGUUAAGGAUUACAGGUGGAAUAGAUUGACUACUUGACAAUUGAUUCACCAAAUGAUAGAUGAAAUAAUUAGAGUUACAUUAUCUUGAGUUUACAUUGUGGUGUAAAUAGCAUGCUUUCGGUUUACUUUAUUGAUUGCCUAUUUCUGUUGCCAUUCAAUUUCAUUAAUUCCAAAUGAACCAUUGAAGCAUCCGCUCUGAACCAAGUGGAUACCAAAAGUUCCACCAACAGGCACAUUCCAACCCUGAAUAUGCAAUCGAGACCCAACAUGCAAUGGAAAACUAGACCGAAAUGCCACUGUAGUGACCUUGACCUCUGGUUAUUAACCUUUUAGAGAACAUUUGGAACAUUUCUGAGGUUUAUAGUUUUAUUUUUAUAAUCCGUUUAGCCAGACCUGUUCAAAUAUAUGAAUUUGGUCGACCUUAACAUUAUCUUCAAUGGGUUCAUGGGGCUUCUCUGUUGUUAAGAAUGAAUUUCAGAAACUCUGGGACCAUGCUAGGAUGGUAAAAUGACCAAAUGUAUUAGAAUGGGUGGUUGUGAAGAGCAAGUGUAAGAAAAUAUUAGAAAAAGGUUAAAGAUGGAGGUUAUAGUGUUCGUUUUUUGCAAGCAAUGGAACGACGACAUGGACUCUUAAAGGGACAGAGUCCCUUUCAUGCAUGCUUAAAAUAUCCCAUAUUACAGUAUGUUAAAACAUUGAAUAUGCAUAUUAGCCUUGACUUUUGUUUCUUAUCACCACUUUUUCACUCGUUCUGGUCUAAGAAAGGGAAUAAUUGUCUUUAAUUGCAGGUGAAUAAUGUCACACACUCUACAUAAUAAGAUCUCAUGCAGUUAUUGUAAAAAUAGAUUUGAAUCCUGCUCAUUCAAGAGGUUCAUAUGUUCCCACCGUGGAGCGUGUAGGCACAUUUAUCGUUCAAUAAUGCUCAAUGGUUUGUAUUUUUGUUUUCUUUGGAAAAUAUUAUCCAAGUGUACGAAAAGACGUUGAAUGAUCUUUCUGGAGUGUGUGGAGCCUGCAGGUGUCAAAGCUAGAUGAUCAAAGUCAGACUGCACACUGUGCUCGGUGAGGUGAACAAAAACACUCUUCCUGUGGAGAUUUAAUAGCAGUGGACAUUCAAGGCAGGCACAAUGUUUUAACUCCUGUUUCAAAAAGCCAUUUUGACUGUCAUGUGUUAUAACUUGACCUCCCGGUUUUCUUAUCAAUUGUUUAUUACAGGGUCAAGCGGGUCUAUUGUGCACAAUGAAUCUAAACAUUUUUUAGAUUGUCAUUUUUCCAAAGACAAUGCAUUUGUAAUUUGGCCAAGCGAUAUGUUGUAUGGCGUCAAACAGAUGAAUCUAUUAUACUCGAUUGCCCUGGCUCGUUUUGUUCACACUCUCUCCUUGACAAAAUCUAGGUUUUUCAAAACCAGGGAACUAAAUUACCUCAUGAAGUUGAUUGUAAACUUUAAUGUAGUGAUAACAAACCAG